AGCUGCGGCCGCUGGCCUGGAGACCCCGCCCGGGGUGCCCCCCGACAGGAACAAUGCUAGCCUGCCUGACCCGGGGGAACUUACUGGACGUCCUGCAGGAGGGCUUCAAUGAGCAACAGCUGCAAGCAUAUGUGGCCUGGGUGAAUGCACAGCUGAAGAAGAGGCCAGCGGUGAAGCCAGUGCAGGACCUGCGACAGGAUCUCCGGGAUGGGGUGAUCCUGGCCUACCUCAUCGAGAUCGUGGCAGGAGAAAAGCUGAGCGGGGUUCAGCUCAGUCCCACUAACCAACAGGAGAUGAAGAACAAUGUGGAGCAAGUGUUACAGUUCGUGGCCUCUAAAAAGAUUCGUAUGCACCAGACUUCAGCUAAAGAUAUUGUGGAAGGAAACCUGAAGUCGAUCAUGAGGCUGGUUCUUGCCUUGGCAGCUCAUUUCAAACCUGGCUCUAGCAGGACCGUGAGCCAAGGACGGGACUCCAGAGCCCUUCUGCAGAGUCACCAGCCACACUGCGCCACGGCGGUGGCCCAGGGAGCAGCUGCCGCUCUGGCUGACGUGUGUCAUGACGUAUCACGGUCAGGACGGGAUGUCUUUCGAUACCGACAGAGGAAGAGCAGCACGGAUGAGGAGAUUGAGAACCCAUACUGGAGCGUGCGAGCCCUGGUGCAGCAGUACGAAGGGCAGCAGAGGUCGCCGUCUGAGUCCAGCUGUUCCAGGUAAC